AUGAAACCCCACCAAAAACACAACACCGGUCCAAGACAAAACCUUUCUUCCUACUUCUCUAGUGAACAAGUUGAUCAACAAUUGUUUGGGGAAGAGGAUAACAGUGAUGCGUAUGAGGUAAUGCACAUGGAGCAACACAACCAAAUGAAAAAAGAAAAACCUUCUUCAAAGCCGUCUUCUACAAUAGCCAACCAAGUGAGGGGAAACAUUCUCCAACAUUUUUAUAAUCCUUCGGAGGAGAGUGAUAAUGAGGAACAAUGUCCUACUCAAUCCAAUAACAACAGACAUGCUAAACACCAAACUCAACCAGCUUCCAAAGGUUUUCACCCUAGUGCUACUUACCAAAAGACUGCUCUCCCACCACAGUCAACAACGAAACAAAAAAAAUCAACAAGACAAUUACAAAUGGAACCUCAAUAUCCUAUCUAUCCUAAUCCUUAUCAAUUUUUUCCAUUCUAUCCACCUUUUUAUUCUCCAUAUUCUACUGGAAUGACAGAGGAAUCUAUGAAGGAACAAUUUAAUAACACAGCUAACAAUGAAACAUCAUUCAUGACAGACAAGUCAGUAGAAAGCUCCAUCUUUUUCGAAAAGGAUAAAAAAAUUGAUAUGCUACUAGUAGAAAGUAGAGAAAUGAAACAAAUCAUUCAAAGUCAAUCUGAAACUAUUGAACUCAUUUUGAAAAAAUUGGAAGAAGUAUGUAAUAAGGUUGAUUCGUUCAACUCAAAAGAAUCAAUUCAACACUCCGAAAAGCAAGACCAAUCUAAUUUCCAUGAUAUCGAACAAGAGCCACAACCUCGUCAACCUCCAUUAAACGCAUCCAAUAACUUCUUCACUCAAAAUCCAAGUAGUAGAACCUCAUCAAGCUCAGCUUCUAACAUGACUUCAUCCCUUAAAAAUAACCUGACAAGCUCAACAAAAUUUUCCAACACUAGCCAAGUUAACGAGAGUAUGACAAACAAUAUAAGUAGCUUGCAACCUAAAACUGGUCAAAACUCUAGUUUACUGGAAAAAUCUGCCAACAGAAGUGAUACUCAUAGCAAUAGAUAUUCAGCCAUGAUCAGUCCAACAAUCUCUAAUUCUCCAAUAAGACUAGGUAGUUCUCAAUCCUCUCGUUUAAAUAGCUCCCAAUCGAGUAAGAAGUCGGUCCCAACAAAUUCACAACAUUUGAGUCAUAGCACAAUUUCUGUUAAUUCAGAGAAAUCAAAUUUUGAUCAUGAAAAUCCGACCAAGAGUCCACUCUAUUCAUCUUCAAGUUUGAAAGAUUUUGGUAGUCCAGCAAAAUCCUUAAAGAGUGAUAAACAAAAAAGAACGAGCGAUGAAUCAUUCCUGAAUGCAAGUCAUCUUUCUGAAUCUAUGGAUUUUUUGGGUGAUACACACGUGGAUGACUCCUUUGUAUACAAUGCCUCAUAUAUGAGUAGUUAUAGCUCCAGCCAUCUCGAACCAUUUUCUACAGAAAUGCAAAAGUAUGUGAAGGAAAAGAUUUUGGUGGGUGAUGUUUCAAAAAAAGAUGAUAUUGCCAAAGAUUCUGAUAAUACCUUCAUGACAGGAUCCAAAAAAAAGAAAGACAAUUCAUUGUCUUACUCGAGUUCUAGUUUUCCUAUUAAGAGUUUUUCAAAAAUUUAA